AUGGAACCGAAAAAAAGAAAAGUUGAAGAUGAAAAUAGACAGUUUUUGCCGGAAUGGACCGAUUUAUAUUGUUUUACGCUGCCAAAUCGUGCUGGAGCGUUACCAAUGUGCUUGAUUUGUAACCAAACAGUGGCGUUAAUUAAAAGCUCGAAUAUAAAACGACAUUAUGAUACCAAACACAAAUCAUUUGCUGGAAACUUUCCACUUGGUAGUGAUCAGCGUAAGUCUAAAAUUGCAAGUUUACUAUCAAGUUACUCGUCUUGGACCCAGAUCAUAAGUCGCUCAAUGGCUGAGCAGGAAAAAUGUGGUGAGGCUUCUUUACGUAUUUCUUGGACUCUGGCUAAGCAUAUGAAACCAUUUACUGAUGCUGACGUAGUUAAAGAAUGCUUUCUUGAGGCGGGUAAUGCUUUAUUUGAGAACAAAAAGGAUGUUGUUGAGACGAUACGACGGAUCCCGUUAUCUGCUUCUACUAGCACUAGAAAUACACACGUUUUGGCAGAAGAAAAUCAUUUUGAUUUGAAACGGCAGUUAAAUAAUGCAAACUAUUAUGCCUUGGCUAUGGAUGAAUCAUGCGAUGUCACUGAUACGGCACAGUUAAUUAUUUUUGUACGCUACCUGGACAAAACGAGAGAAACUUUUGUUGAGGAGAUAUUGGCUCUUUUGUCGCUCUUAGGAAGAAUCCGAGGAGAAGACAUGAUAAAAGCAGUGAUGGAUUAUUUUGAAAAAGAUGAGUUAGACUUGAAGAAGCUCUUAUCGGUAACUACUGACGGUGCGCCAGCUAUGGUUGGGAGUAAAAAAAGGACUAGUUCACCUGUUGAGAAGCAAUGA